UCUGUCAGUUCCGGCUGUUUGUUCGGGAAGUGGAUCCGCCGCUGCCGGAGCAGCCCGGAGGGAGCUGCGGAUCGCGAGGCCAGCACCGACCCCGCCUGCUAGCGCUCGCCUCCCCCGCCCGCCAUGGCCCGGGACUACGACCACCUCUUCAAGCUGCUCAUCAUCGGCGACAGCGGUGUCGGCAAGAGCAGUUUACUGUUACGUUUUGCAGACAACACUUUCUCAGGCAGUUACAUCACCACGAUCGGAGUGGAUUUUAAGAUUCGGACUGUGGAGAUCAACGGGGAGAAAGUGAAGCUGCAGAUCUGGGACACAGCCGGGCAGGAGCGCUUCCGCACCAUCACCUCCACGUAUUAUCGGGGGACCCACGGGGUCAUCGUGGUCUAUGACGUCACCAGCGCUGAAUCCUUUGUCAACGUCAAGCGGUGGCUUCACGAAAUCAACCAGAACUGUGAUGACGUGUGCCGGAUACUAGUGGGGAAUAAGAAUGACGACCCUGAGCGGAAGGUGGUGGAGACAGAAGACGCCUACAAAUUCGCCGGGCAGAUGGGGAUCCAGUUGUUUGAGACCAGCGCCAAGGAGAAUGUCAACGUGGAAGAGAUGUUCAACUGCAUCACAGAGCUGGUCCUCCGAGCAAAGAAAGACAACUUAGCGAAACAGCAGCAGCAACAACAGAACGAUGUGGUGAAGCUCACGAAGAACAGUAAACGAAAGAAACGCUGCUGCUAAUGCCCCCAGCCCACUGCAGAGACUGCCCUGCGGCCACUCCCCCCGCCCCAGGCCAGGGGGCUCCUCUCCUCGGGGGACACUGUUUCGUGCCGUUAUUUAAAGAAUUCUCUCCACGUUUUUGUACCGGGAGGCGCCAUCGGCACUUCCUCCCCUCCCCCCUUGAGUGCCAAGAAGGUGUUGGACAGCCUGCCCUUCCCUUCUGGCGCCCCUGCCCCCCGGCCAAGGCGCCUGGGCCCGGCGAGGACGCUGCCAGCCGAGCGGACUGAUUAACCGGAGUUUGUACAUAAUGUAUAUUGCUUUAACCAGCGCAUCACCCUUGUCCUGCUCUGGCUCUUGCCUCCCUAAUGCCAGCCUGCUGCGACGCCCCCUCCCCACCCGACCCCAACUUACUGCCAGCAGCUUCCUGAGGGGACAGGAUUACGUUCUAGACAUACCUUUUGCCAACCUGGGCUGGUGAAGUGGGCUCCACAUGACUCGUUCUCUCUUGCAGGCUGUCGGUGUCUGUCCCUGGCAUGUAGGGGCUCACCCCUGUCCAGGGCCUCUGCCGGCCCAGCUCCCUCCUCUCCCCAUCCCGUCCUGUAACCAUUCUGGCAGCUGGGGAAACCUGGCCUUGAAGUGGGCCUGGGGUUCCCAUCAGAGGCCUGGCCCUUCAUUUCCACAGGAGUCACUCCUGCCCUUUGGCCAACGGAUUUCUUGUCUUGCGUUCCAGAUGCCUCUGAGCUACAAACCCAGGGGAGCCGUGGCUUCUAAUUUAUAUACCAACCUGUUUUGGUUCCAACAGAAAGGUAGGGGUGUGUUUGUGCAGGGAUGGGCUUGCAGGGGGACUAAGGAGCAUCAUUUUAACAGAUAAA